AUGUGCAAAGCAGUUCGAUACAUCUACCCUGAGUGCGGUCAUCCUGUUGAUCCUGACCCGAAAGUUUGGAUCGUUGAGAGAUGUAUCCCUGCGAUAUCGUUCAACAGAGAUUGCUGGAUCCCUCGCAACGUGCCUGAGAACUUCAUCGAGAAGAAGCCUUGGCCUAACGACAACCUCACUGAACCUUGCUACAUGUCUCACCAGCCAGCCUACUCCAGCGCUACCUUCGAGGUUAUGCAUGCAGAGAUGCAAGACAGACACGACUCCCCUUCUUCCGCUACCCUCAGCCUCCAGAGUAAAGGCCACGCCCGAGUCCCAAGCCUCACGGAGGAAGAAAUCAAGUCUCUCCAAGGAGAGGAGGAGGACUACUUCACUCCUGUGGAAGUCCGCUUUGCCGGGCCAAUUGUCCUCCCAGAUGAAGCUAUCCUUCGCGACCUCGAACCUCUCUACCUAGACCCAGACGACCAUUUUGUCAUGGACGACAUCAAGCUCCACGAGGACGACGGGAUCAACAACGUUGAAUCCACCAUCUCUCACGAAAUUCAUGUCUUUACUGAUGAAGACAUCGCCUUAUAUACCCAGAUGAUCGAACAGGCAAACGAAGAACUUGCUAUCGCUUCUACGGAGGAUAACAUUGAGUGGGCUCAAGUUGCUGCUGUAGACACAUCUGCCCCGCUUGAUUAUUUUGAGGAGAGCGAGGAUGAAGACAUGGACGUGAAGAAUUUGAUUUGGUUUUAG